AUGGCAGUGCAGGAGUCGGCGGCCCAGCUGUCCAUGACCCUGAAGGUGCAGGAGUACCCGACCCUCAAGAUGUAAGCCCUAGGGAGCGUUUGUUUCCCACUAGGGUGAAGUGAGCGAUCACGUAUUGCACACGGACGUCUUGGCAUUCACUGGAAGUUAUCUGCUGUCAUUGUCCCUGUGACAUCUGACUGCUCUGGUGUAGUUGGUCUUCACAAGAGGGCAGAAGCAAGGCCCUGCUGCUCCUCUUCAGCAGUAGGUGCCCUAUGAGACACUGAAUAAAUGCUUCCGAGCUGCCCAGACAAACAUUGAUCGGGAAACCAGCCACGUCACCAUGGUGGUAGCUGAGCUUGAGAAGACCUUGAGUAGUUGCCCAGCUGUGGACUCUGUGGUCAGCCUACUGGAUGGUGUGGUGGAAAAGCUGAGUGUCUUCAAGAGGAAGGCAGUAGAGUCCAUCCAGGCUGAGGAUGAGAGUGCCAAGCUCUGCAAACGUAGGAUCGAGCACCUCAAGGAGCACAGCAGUGACCAGCCAGCAGCAGCCAGCAUGUGGAAACGAAAGCGCAUGGACCGCAUGAUGGUGGAGCAUCUCCUGCACUGUGGCUACUACAAUACAGCUGUGAAAUUGGCUCGCCAGAGUGGCAUCGAGGACCUUGUGAAUAACGAGAUGUUCCUGGCAGCCAAAGAAGUAGAAGAAUCCUUGGAGAGGCGUGAGACAGCCACCUGCCUUGCCUGGUGCCAUGACAACAAGUCCCGACUCCGGAAGAUGAAGAGCUGCCUGGAGUGCAGCCUCAGGAUUCAGGAGUUCAUUGAACUUGUUUGGCAGAACAAAUGCCUGGAUGCUGUGAGACAUGCAAGAAAGCACUUCAGUCAGGCUGAAGGGAGCCAGCUGGAUGAGGUUCGCCAGGUCAUGGGCAUGUUGGCCUUCCCUCCAGAUACACACAUCUCCCCAUAUAAGGACCUUCUGGACCUAGCCCGGUGGCGGAAGCUGAUCCAGCAGUUUCGAUAUGACAACUACCGACUGCACCAGCUAGGAAACAGCUCCGUCUUCACCCUCACGCUGCAGGCUGGGCUCUCGGCAAUAAAGACACCACAGUGCUACAAGGAGGAUGGCAGCUUCAAGAGCCCCGACUGCCCUGUGUGCAGCCGCUCUCUGAACAAAUUGGCGCAGCCCCUGCCCAUGGCUCACUGUGCCAACUCCCGCCUGGUCUGCAAGAUCUCUGGUGACGUGAUGAAUGAGAACAACCCACCCAUGAUGCUGCCUAAUGGUUAUGUCUAUGGCUACAAUUCUCUGCUUUCUAUCCGUCAAGAUGAUAAAGUUGUUUGCCCAAGAACCAAAGAAGUCUUCCACUUCUCCCAAGCUGAGAAAGUAUACAUCAUGUAGGCCUUGCGUUGCCACGUGCACGCUUUUGGCCAGAGGCUGAGGUGGGUGGGAGCCAUACCCUCCUACUCUGACCCAUAACCCCGACCCCAGCCUGCCUCAGCAUUUGUUUCUUGCGACCAAAGAUCAAUGAGCAACGACAAAUACUCUUAGGAAAAGAGGAAGUGAGAUUUAAUAAGUCUGUGCUUGAGAACAGCAUUUGGUUGGUAGGAUUUUGUAACAUAAGUCGACUGAUGCCUCUGCAAGUUCUUGCACCUCUCAGAGGAAACAUUCUCUACAGUGUGACCUGAACACCAAGGAAAUCCAGAGCA